AUGUCUCAACAACUCCUUGCUAUCACUGGCGUCUCAGGCCACGUGGGCUUCCGCGUACUUGUGGAGGCUCUCACUCGUGGGCACUCUGUCCGCGCAAUUAUACGGAAAGCCGAGCAAGCUGAGCUCAUCAAGAGCACCAAGUCUAUUCAACCGUACUUAGAUCAUUUAGAGACUGUUGUGAUUCCUGAUCUGCUCGUCACGGGAGCAUUUGAUGGGGUUCUAGAUAGCGUCAACGGAGUGAUCCAUGUCGCUUCUCCUUUAGCCAUAACCAGUGAUAACCUUAGGCGUGAUGUCGUUGAACCAGCGAUUACGGCGACCUUGAGAGUACUAGAGUCAGCUAUUAAAGUACCGUCAGUCAAGCGAGUCGUCAUUACGUCCUCUAUCGCAGCACUUCUGUCUUGGGAAUAUAUCAACUCGGAUGACGUGACUAAGGUAUUCACUGCUCGAGACACCUACGAUCCUCCGGGACCGGAAACGCAGUUCCAGUCGCCGCUUCACGCGUAUGGUGCCGCAAAAGCUCUGGCACUCCAAGCAACAGAACGUUUCAUCAAAGAUGAGAACCCUUCCUUUGACGUCAUCAAUAUUAUGCCAAGUAUGGUGAUCGGCAGGAAUGAAUUGAACACCACGAAGGAGGAGGUUGCAAGUGGCACGAACAACAAUGUCAUGGGCCUUCUCCUGGAAGCCAAGAUCCCGAUGCCUGUGCUCGGGGUUUCUGUCCACGUCAACGAUGUCGCGAAGGCACACAUCGACGCCCUGAAUCCUGCCAUACCAGGAAAUAAGAACUUCAUAUGUUCCUCAGGGGGGCUGAACGGCACUAGAUGGGAUAACGCCAAAGACACCGCCAAACGCUAUUUCAGUAAGGCCGUCUCUGAUGGGUUUCUGUCUCUGGACGGAACCACUGCCACAAGGCCCAUUCAACUCGAUGCAUCGGACACGGAGCAAACCUUUGGUUGGAAAUUCUUGGGGUUCGAGGACCAGGUCAAAAGUGUGCUCGAGCACUAUCUGGAGUUUUUGGAAGCCGAUGGACAAAUAUUUCCGUAA